CGAGGAGGGGGAGGGGGAGGGGAGCAGAAGCGAGGAGAGAGAGAAAGAGAGGCGGAGACGAAGCCGCCGUAAGCCUAGCCGCCUCCUCGCCCGCGCCCCCGCGCGAGGGAGGAAGGCCUAGGGUUCCGCCGCCGCGGCGGGCGGUGCGCCGGCGCCACGGGUGCGUGCCGCUGCGGGAACGCCUCGAGAUCUCGCGGCGGCGGCGGCGGGGGCUGGGGGUGGGGGUGGUGGUGGUGUGGUGGGGCUGCUGCUGCUGCGGCGGCGGUGGUCGGUGAGUUCGCUCGUUCUCUGGCCGUGGGGGCGGGCGGUGCCUAUCGGAGCUGCUUCGGGCCCCCGGAUUCGAGGGUUUUGGUGGGGGCGCGCCGCCUCCUCGGUGGCGGCCGUGGAAUAAGGUACCCUCCCUUCAGGGGUUAGGGUUAGGUUUUGAGGAAUUUUGGUGGAUUUCCUGCCCGGGCGGCGCAUCGGUUGUGAAGAGGCGGGGGUGGCGGGCGGGUUGCGCGCAAUGAUGGGGAAGACGCAGAAGUUCUCCAAGGGCCACCCUCUCGGCUUCGUGCCGGAUUACCGGCACGGCGUGGAGACGGUGGGGGAGUCGAAGGGUUGUGUCGGGAGCCCCGAGCGGAUUGAUUCAGGGAGCUCGUGUGCUGUACCGAAGAGGAAAUGCGGAAUCCCGAGCAGAGAGGAUGGGGGAGAGUUUCCGGGGUUCAAUGUGCCACGGGAUGUCUUCAUGCUGCCGAGGAUGUCGUCUUCGGAUAAAAGGGACCUCGAGAUGAGGUUCCGUAAGGAGCUCGAGCAGGUUAAGGCCCUCCAGAGUAGGCUGUUUUCGAGGCCGACUGCGGUGAGUAUGAAUGGGGCAGCAUCAGCUUCUAGAGAUGUAUUUGCAAAGAAAAGCAAUGGGAAGCUUAAGCGGAGCAAUUCAGUGCAGUCUGACAGAGGAGUGCCACCAUCAGCAGCCCCACCUGUGGUCAGGUCAGCCAACUAUGCAGAAGCGUUUAGACAAUGUAGCAACCUUCUGACGAACCUCUUCAAGCAUCAGUGGUCUACUCCGUUUGUUGUGCCAGUUGAUCCUGUCAAGUUAAACAUUCCUGAUUAUUUUGACAUAAUCAAGAAGCCAAUGGAUUUGGGUACCAUUGAGAAAAAGUUGAAUGCAGGCAUGUACUCUACACCUUGGGAUUUUGCUGCAGAUAUGAGGCUUACCUUUGACAAUGCUACAACUUAUAACCCAAUCAAUAAUGAUGUUCAUUCAAUGGCCAAAACUUUGAGAAAAAUUUUUGAAACUAGAUGGAAGUUUAUCGAAAAGAAGCUUCCUUCACUAGAUGAUAAGCUCUCUGUAAGAAGAGAACCAUCAAAAAAGGGUGCAGUUAAGAAAGAUACCAUUGAGCAAGAUUACCCUUCUGAGAAAAAACACUCAACGAAAGGUGCACACAAGAAAGAUAUCUUUACAAAAGAGAAUGCUGCAACUAAGCCAGUUUCGCAACCAAAGAAGAGAAAAGCCUCUCCCUUGGUUCAGGAUGCUCUUGAAAUACCUGUAGUAGAAGCUGAAAAGGUGAUUGAGGAUGCUCAAGUGGUACAGACUUCUAAGGAGAUUAUGACAGACGAACAAAAGUAUGAGCUAAGCGUAAGACUUCAAUCAUAUGGUGGAUUGAUUCCAAAUCAUAUUGUUGAUUUCAUAAGGAGCCGCCUUCCUGAUGAUAAUGAGGGUGAAGAAGAUGAGUUAGAGCUUGAUAUGAAUGCCCUCAGUGAUAGUACAUUGUUUGAACUACAAAAGCUUCUUGAUGAAUAUGAUAGUGUAAAUCAGUCAGGAAACCCUACAAAAGAUGAGCCUUGUGAGGUUGAGUUUCAAAGUGAAUAUGGAGUCAGCAACUCAUCAGUGCAUCAUGAAGGCAAUGAGGUCAUUGAAGAAGAUGUUGAUAUUGAUGGGAAUGAUACGUAUCCUCCUGCAGUACUUGAAAGUGAAGCACCAGAAAGAAGCAGCAAGCAUAGCACUUCUAGCAGCUCUAGUGGUGGGUCAGAAUCAUCCUCCAGUGAUUCAGAUUCAAGUAGCUCUUCUGGAAGUGAUCUGGAUGUCAGUGUUCCUCGACCAACAAGUGGGGUCAAGGACAACACACAAUCUGUGAUGGAUCAGGAAAACGAUCCAUUGAACACAUCUAAUCCACCAGAACAAAGUAGUGAUCCUGUACCUAUUUCUGCUGACGAUGAGGGGGAGAAUGUGUCUGAGAAACAGGCCCCCCCUGCAAAGAAUUACCGAGCUGCUGUUCUAUUAAACCGCUUUGCUGAUACAAUUUUUAAGGCUCGUGAGAAAACUCUUGAUCAGGUUGCGAAAAAGGACCCCGAUAAACUUCAACAUGACAUGGAGGAGCUUGAAAGGUUACGUAGAGAAGAGAGAGCUCGGUUACAAGCUGAGGCAAAAGCAGCUGAAGAUGCUCGCAAGAGAGCUCAAGCAGCAGCUGCUGCUGAGGCUGCUGCAGAAGCUAAGCGCCAAAGAGAACGUGAGAGGGAAGCGGCUCGUAAAGCCUUACAACAGAUGGAGAAAACUGUAGACAUCAAUGAAGGAAACCUCUUCUUGAAAGAUCUUGAAAUGCUCGGAACAGUUACAACAGGUGAACAGUUUCCCAGUUCGGUUGGUGAGACGAGUCCAUCUCAUACGCCUGAAGGCCUUGGAUUUCAACUAGGCAGUAACCCUUUAGAACAGCUUGGUCUUUAUAUGAAAAAUGAUGACGAAGAGGAUGAGGAAGGUGAGUCUGCAGAUGAACCAACAGUUGAUGUUGAGGAGGGCGAAAUAGACUGACAUCUUACACAGACCAUUUUUGGAUACAUGAGGGGGUCAGGCAUGGCUGGCACGAACAGUGUGACCUUCCUGUCUGCACUGACCUUUGUGAACUGCACUAAUUUUGGGAGCCAAAUGAUAGGAAUGGCAAAUGCGUGUGGGAAACCAGUCCGUCAUGCUGUCACUGUCAAACGAAGUGUAGCUUUCUUGGAAUGAGUCUAUGGCCAGCCAUGAAGUAAUGGUCGUCCACAAGUGCUUUUCCGGAUCUAAUAAUGGGUUGUUUUGGGGGCGAUGGUCUUUUUGAUGAGAGAUAGAGAGGGGAGAGAGGGGGUGGGGGUUCCAUGGCUUUAACACCUUAUGUAUUGGCCAUUUUUGAGAUAGCUUUUUAGUGGGCAUUUGCUGUUGUGAAUGUAAUCUUCAAAACUGUACAAAAAGGACGACUGAUAGAUGGAAAACAUUUUCCUGAGCUAUUUCGUGCCUGUUCUUUCAGAACUUG